GAUAUAAUGGAUGCAUCUGGUGUGGCACUUGUUUUGAUUGGACCUGGUAGCAUUGAUCAGGGAAAAGCAUUCGCUGAGCAAACAAAGUUCAAAGGAGAAGUUUAUGCAGAUCCAAGUCACUCAUCGUAUGAGGCAUUAAGAUUUGUUUCUGGGGUCUUAACCACAUUUACUCCCAAAGCAGGUCUUAAGAUAAUAGAGCUGUACAUGGAGGGUUACCGACAAGACUGGAAGCUUUCUUUUGAACAGGACACCGUAGCUAGAGGCGGCUGGCAGCAAGGUGGAAUUCUAGUUGCGGGUCCUGGUAAAAGUAACAUCCUGUACAUCCACAAGGAUAAAGAAGCCGGGGAUGAUCCAGAUAUCAAAGAUAUUCUAAAAGCAUGUUGUGGGGAUGUAAAUUCUGUAUAGUCUUUACCUUUCUCAUGUGGAUUGUGAAUUCUGCGUAGUCUGUGGUCACUUGAAAGGAGGCUAUAAGAGCCUAGGAAAAUAUACACAUAUCCCAUUCACAUUGUAUCGCGGUAGAUAUGAAUGUGCUUCUUUUCUUGAUUCAACUGGCUCAUGAAGUUUCAUGGAUGUGAAGAACUAUUGUAAGAUCUGAGAUUUGUAAUUAAAUUAAAGCAAAACGCAAGCUUAGACUGU